GUUCCCAGUUGGCUGCAGCAUGAGGGGGCUUCUGGUUUUGAGUGUGUUGCUAGGGGCUGUGCUUGGCAAAGAGGACUUUUCAGGGCACCAGGUGCUCCGACUCUCCACUGAUGAUGCAGCCCAGGUAGAGAAGGUGAAGGAGCUGGAGGACCUGGAGCACCUGCAGCUGGACUUCUGGCGGGGCCCUGCCCAGCCUGGCUCCCCCAUCGAUGUCCGAGUGCCCUUCCGCAGCAUCCAGGCUGUCAAAAUCUUCCUGGAGGCCCACGGCAUCGGGUACACGACCAUGAUUGAAGACGUGCAGGCCCUGCUGGACGAGGAGCAGGAGCAGAUGUUCGCCUUCCAGGCCCGGGCCCGCUCCUCGGACACCUUCAACUACGCCACCUACCACACCCUGGAGGAGAUCUACGGCUUCAUGGAUAUGCUGGUGGCCGAGCACCCGCAGCUGGUCAGCAAGCUCCAGAUUGGCAACAGCUACGAAGGGCGUCCCAUCUACGUGCUGAAGUUCAGCACUGGGGGAGAAAACCGUCCUGCCAUCUGGAUCGACACAGGCAUCCAUUCCCGGGAGUGGGUCACCCAGGCCAGCGGGGUCUGGUUUGCAAAGAAGAUCACACAGGACUAUGGCCAGGACUCCACUCUCACCGCCAUUCUUGACUCCAUGGAUAUCCUCCUGGAGAUUGUCACCAACCCUGAUGGUUUUGCCUUCACCCACAGCAAGAAUCGCAUGUGGCGCAAGACUCGGUCCCGCACGGCGGGCUCCUCCUGUGUUGGAGUGGACCCCAACCGGAACUGGGAUGCUGGCUUUGGGAUGGCUGGAGCCAGCAGCAACCCAUGCUCAGAGACUUACCAUGGCAAGUUUGCCAAUUCCGAAGUGGAGGUCAAGUCCAUCGUGGACUUUGUGAAGAACCAUGGCAACAUCAAGGCCUUCAUCUCCAUCCACAGUUACUCCCAGCUCCUCCUGUAUCCCUAUGGCUACAAAGCAGAGGCAGCCCCCGACCAGGAUGAGCUGGAUCAGCUGGCCAAGUCUGCUGUGACAGCCCUCGCCUCUCUAUAUGGGACCAAGUUCAAGUAUGGCAGCAUCAUCAAAGCAAUUUACCAAGCCAGUGGAAGCACCAUUGACUGGACCUACAGCCAGGGCAUCAAGUACUCCUUCACCUUCGAGCUCCGGGACACGGGGCGCUACGGCUUCCUGCUGCCGGCCUCCCAGAUCGUCCCCACGGCCCAGGAGACGUGGCUGGCGCUCCGGACCAUCAUGGAACACACCCUGCAGCACCCCUACUGAACUGACCCUUCCGCACCUUCCUCUUCCUCCUCCCUGCCUGCCCCCUGCCCCCAGCAACAAAUAAAGUUUGUCCACGGA